AUGGCUGCACGGCCACUCGCACCGAUCUUUACGCGCUCGUACAAGCCUGCGAGCGCGCCGCCUCGCUUCAAGAGCUCGGGAGGACGGCCGUGGGAAGACCUGUCGCUCAAGCUCGAGGCCGACACGCAGCACCACAAUGACCAGGACCUGUUGCCCAGGGUCGACCAACUCGCGAGUCUCCCUCUCGAGCUCCUCUUCCUCAUCUGCGAGCACGCCUCGCUCGGCGUGCUCCUCGCCCUCAGCCGCACGAGCAAGGCCCUGCGCCGGCUCCUCCUCACGCGAUCCGGGUCGACCGAGGCGCUGUGGGAGCUCGUGAGGGAGAAGCAGGGCUGGCCGGUUAACCUCGACAAGGAGACGAGCAUUGUGCGGUACGCGCACCUGCUCGAGGGCCGGGAGUGCCAGGCGUGUGGGGUGAGCUGCUGGAAAUACUUCGACACGGGUCUACGCAUGCGCGUGUGCGAGGGCUGUCGCACCCACAAGGUCGGCACCGAGGACGAGAUCGAGGAGGAGUACUCUCACGUGCACUACUUGGCGUACGACUGCUCUCUCUCUUUGCAGGGUCGACCCUGUCCGACCACCGGCGCCAUCAAGAUCAGCUACUACACGCCCGACGUCCUCCUCCAGUCGGCGCACCUUCUGCGUGUCGAGGCGCUCGGCGAGCGCAGCGGACGCGAUGUCGAUGACGCGGUAUCCAACUACGUCGACUCGCGCCUCAAGGACGUUGUCGACAUGAACGCGCAGGCGGGCCUCCUGAGGACGCAGGUCCACGUCCUCACCGACGCCGACUGGGCCGACGAGAUCAGGUGCAAGCGCAUCCAUGCAGAGCAAGAGCUCGAGGCGCUCGGGUACAAGCCGGACGACUACGGCGACCUCACCAACAAGUGGUGGGACGAUACCUGGUGGUGGGUGCCUGUCGAGCGAGAGGAGCGGCCCGAGCGCCGUGACGAGGAGGACUCGGAGAAGGAGGAAGAGGACGACUGGGACAGCGAGGAGGAGGAAGAGGAGGACGAGCUGUGGUUCUCUGAGGAGGAGGAAGAGGACGAGUGGGACGAGGAGGCAUGCGAGAUGUCGUACCGCCUUGAGGAGUACUUUCUCGGCGAGAACGAGGACGACAUCGAGUGGGACGACGUCAAGCUGUGGGUCGUCACCUACGUCCACCGCCGUCGUCUUGUCCGCCUCCGCACAGAGCUCGAGGAGCGUCGCGCCGGCCGCUUCGACGAGAUGCGCCCGCUCGCCAUCCCGAUCCUCGCUCUCCUGCCGCCGUCCCUUCGCCGCAUCUCCCCCUCGUUCGACGACAUUGCCUUUCUUCCUUCCGUUCAGCCUCUCUGGUACCCGGAUUCGACCGUCGUCGACCCGUCGACGUGGUCGGCCUCGUACUCGAUCAUCCUCGCCGACGUCCUGCGCUCGAUGCGCCUCCUCAAGCUUCGCCUUUUCUCGCGCAUCGUGCGCAACCUCCCCUCGACGUCCCUCUCGCCGCACAUCGCCUUCAUUCUCUCGACCGAGCUCCUCGACGCCGACCCGCACCGCGCGCCACUCCACCACCUCGUCUCGGACGCCGACAUGGACCCGAUCCUCGCGCGCCCGACGGCCCUCUUCCGCUGCGGCGCGUGCUCGGCGAAGCUCGUGUACCCGCACGUCGUCGAGCACCUGCGCGACGAGCACGGCGCGGGCGCGGCGCAGUGUGCGGCGUGGGCGUGCGUGCCCGAGAGGGCGUUCAGGGAGGCGGUCCGUGCGCUGCUCGAGGGGGGCGAGGGGCUCGGCGAGGGGACGACGGUCGAGGAGCUGAGGGGCAUGGGCGGCGUGUUCGAGGUCGACGAGGAGACGGUCGGCGGGCACGUCGUGCGCACGCUCGAGAGCUGGGACGAGCUGACGAGCGGCAGGCGCCUCGAGGACCCGGACGCCCUGUACUUCAAGAUCGACUCGUCGCACGACCGCCGCGUUGUCGGGAUCCAUCUCGUGCGCUGA